AUGAGUUUCGUCAAUAGAUUGUUCUCGUACGUGUUCAACGAACUCAUGGUGAACGCGCUGGCGAACUCGAGGACGUUUCAGCGCUUCGCGGUGAAGUCGGACGCGCUGAUGAAGGAGGCGGCGGCGACGGACGCGGCGGAGAUGGCGCGACGGGCGCAACAGGCGGCGCAGGACUUGUCGAAGAGCGUGUUUGAGCAGAGCAAGGGGGGGAAAGGGCCGAUGGGGAGUUGA